CCUGUAUGUAAUCGAUAUGGGUUCCAGAAAAUUCUCGAAUGUUUAAAUUUGCGCUUAAAUGAUCUCGUUAUAUAUAUAUAAACCAUAUAUCAUCAAAUGAUUUCAAUUGUUAUCUAUAUGAUUUCUUUUAAGUCUACAAGUUGAAGAUGUUACGUGCAAAUGUACAAAAGAAUGUUAUAAGGUCAAUGCCUUCCAGAUUGGUUAAACCUCUGGUGGCAACUUAUAAUAAUAUCUCUCAAAUGAUACCUCGAAAUAUUGCCAACAUCAGUCCGAUUACUACUCCACUUCCAUCUAUGAAGGUAAUGGGUUUCAAUACAUUUCAAACAAGAUCAUUCCAUUCAUCCUUCCCCAAACAUAUGCAAAUGAGUAUGAACAAGGAAGAACAAGAUAAUAGACCUGCUUUGGAAAAAUUUGGAAGUGAUCUCACUCAAUUAGCUAAAGAUGGGAAAUUAGAUCCUGUAAUUGGGAGAGAUGAAGAGAUUCGUCGUACGAUUCAAAUCUUAUCAAGAAGAACGAAGAAUAAUCCCGUAUUGAUUGGUAAUGCCGGGACAGGGAAAACCGCUAUUAUGGAAGGAUUGGCCCAGCGAAUUCUAAAAGGUGAAGUACCAGAUUCAAUGAAAGAUAAGCAAAUCAUAACGUUAGAUCUUGCUGGUAUUAUUUCAGGAUCAAAAUAUAGGGGUGAUUUCGAAAGUAAAUUAAAAUCAAUCUUGAAAGAAGUUGAAGAAAAACAAGGGAAAGUGAUUCUUUUCAUUGAUGAAUUACAUUUACUUAUGGGAUUAGGUAAAGCUGAAGGAUCAAUUGAUGCAUCAAAUCUUUUAAAACCAGCAUUAGCAAGAGGGAAAUUAUCCCUUUGUGGAGCCACAACUAUCGAAGAAUAUAGAAAAUAUGUUGAAAAGGAUGCAGCCCUUGCAAGAAGAUUUUCUCCCGUUCAAGUUAAUGAACCUACUGUUGAAGAUACUAUUUCCAUCUUACGUGGUUUGAAAGAAAAAUAUGAAGUUCAUCAUGGUGUACGUAUAACAGAUGGAGCUUUAGUUACCGCUGCUUUGUAUUCUAGUAGAUAUAUUACUGAUAGAUUCCUUCCUGAUAAAGCUAUUGAUUUAGUUGAUGAAGCAAGUUCAACCUUAAGAUUACAACAUGAAUCAAAACCAGAUGCCAUUGCUCAAUUGGAUCGUCAAAUCAUGACCAUUGAGAUUGAAUUAGAAUCUUUGAGAAAGGAAGAAGAUCAAUUAUCGAAAGAUCGUAGAAAUAAAUUGGAAGAAGAACUUAAAGUUAAAAGAUCAGAAUUACAAGAAUUCAUGGAACAAUGGAUGGCUGAAAAGAAAUUAAUCGAUGAAGUAAAAACUGCCAAAUCAGAAUUAGAACAAUCAAGAUUUGAUUUAGAACAAUAUCAAAGAGAAGGGAAAUAUGCCAAAGCUUCUGAAUUACAAUAUGCUACUAUUCCAGAACUUGAAAAGAAAUUAAAGGAAUUAACCGAAAGAGAAUCUCAAAAUAAUGCCAACCUUCUACAUGAUUCUGUUACUUCAGAUGAUAUUGCAAAUGUCAUAUCUAAAAUGACAGGUAUCCCAGUUAAUAAUCUUUUAAAGGGUGAAAAGGAUAAAUUAUUAGAUAUGGAAGUGAUUUUGAAACAACUGGUAAUUGGACAAGAUUCUGCUAUUCAUGCUGUAUCCGAUGCAGUUAGAUUACAAAGAGCAGGUUUAACUAGUGAAAAGAGACCUAUUGCUUCGUUCAUAUUCUUAGGUCCAAGUGGGGUGGGUAAGACUGAGUUGACUAAAUCACUUGCAGAAUUUCUUUUCAAUGAUUCAAACUCAGUGAUAAGAUUUGAUAUGUCUGAAUUUCAAGAAAAACAUUCUUUCUCAAGAUUGAUUGGAUCUCCACCAGGUUAUGUUGGUUAUGAAGAAAGUGGUGAAUUGACAGAAGCAGUAAGGAGAAAGCCAUAUUCAGUCAUUCUUUUUGAUGAAUUCGAAAAGGCUCAUAAAGAUAUUUCCAAACUUUUAUUACAAGUAUUAGAUGAAGGAUCGUUAACUGAUUCCCAUGGAAAACAUAUUGAUUUCAGAAACACAAUCAUAGUGAUGACAUCCAAUAUUGGACAAGAAUUCUUAUUAGCUGAUAAAGAAGCAACUGAUGAUGGACAUAUCAAUCCUGUGGUUAAGAAUGAAAUCAUGGAGUUAUUGAGACAUAAUUAUCCACCAGAAUUUUUAAAUCGUCUAGAUGAUGUACUUAUAUUCAAUAGACUCUCUAAGGAAUCAUUAAAGAAUAUUUUGGAAAUACGGUUAAGAGAAAUUUCAGAUAGGUUAAGUGAUAAGAGAAUUACAUUGUCAUUAUCAGAUGAAGUAAAGGAAAAAUUAUGUAGUCUUGGAUAUGAUCCUAUAUACGGGGCCAGACCAUUAAAUAGGGUCCUUCAAAAACAAUUAUUAAAUCCUUUGGCAAUGAUGAUGAUCAAGGGCCAAGUUAAGGAGAAUGAAAAAGUUCAUGUUGAAUUAGCAAACGAUGCUGUUGUGGUAAAAGCAAAUCAUGAAUGAAAAAAUGAGUUUUUAAAAAAAACAUUAUAUAUUUAUUAGUUACUUGUAAAUAGUUUAUUCAAUUAUAUGAGAAAGUUAUCUAUUUUAUUUUAUUAUAUUAU